AUGAAUCGAUUCUUUUUAUUUUGUACCGCCGAUCUCUCGACCGAGGUGAUUGAUGAUUUCUUAAAAACAGCCUCCGAUAAGCCAGGUGUCUAUCACGUCAAAUGGAUCUUAAUCCGUACACCUGACCAGCCUACCUCGCGAGAGCCGACGACGCCGCCGGUGGCGCCAUUCAAAACCGGUUUCAUGUCAGCAUCCGUCGCUACCUUAGGUAACCAUAUCGCCGUGCGAUGCUACGAGGCAGAGUUGGCCGGCGAUAAAAUGCCAGACUUUCAGAAAUCCUCAUUCGGGGUUCUCGACGAGAGAUCCGCUCGAGACCGGACUUUACUGUUCGUUCAACGACAUUCGUGGCUGCCACAAGAGGCUCUGAGCCUCAGCCCGCUGGAUGCCGCAGAAGCCGAGCUUGAUGCCUGGCAGACCAUGCGUGUGAAAUUUGAAAAGGCUCUUUACGCGUGCGCGAUGGUGCCGGAACGCCCUUGGUGUUUUUUCGAUGAGAUAGGGAGGGAUCUGUGUAAGGUUGAAGAUGAUGUAUGGGAUCUCCCGAGUCCAUUCUAG